AUGAGGAAUCCAGAAUCAAAACAAGUGUUGAUGUCCAGUGCAACAUUAAGCAAAGAUAUUCAACCUGGUCUUCGUCAACAUUAUGUUAAACUACGCGAGAAUGAAAAAAAUCGAAAACUCAUUGAUCUGUUGGAUAAACUAGAAUUCAAUCAAGUGGUGAUUUUCGUAAAAUCUGUACAACGAUGUUCAGUUUUGUGUAAACUAUUAACAGAACAAAAUUUUCCAGCAGUUGAAAUUCAUCGUGGAAUGCCUCAAGAAGAACGUUUGGCUCGUUACAAAGAGUUUAAAGAAUUUCAAACACGUAUUCUUGUCGCAACGAACUUAUUUGGACGUGGUAUGGAUAUCGAACGUGUCAACAUUGUGGUUAAUUAUGAUAUGCCAGAAGACACAGACACAUAUCUUCAUCGAGUUGCACGUGCUGGUCGUUUCGGUACGAAAGGUUUAGCAAUAACUUUCAUUGGUGAUGAGAGUGAUGCUGCGAUUUUAAAUGAAGUUCAAACUCGUUUUGAAGUACAAAUCACUGAAAUGCCCGAUGAAAUUGACGUUACUACUUAUAUCGAAAAUCGUUAA